AUGCUUGUGCAGCGUUCAAUUUCGGUGCUAUAUACCUGCAAAUCUUCAUUAUAUUGUUAUCCCAAGAGUUUCUCACUCUUUGCACGCAACAAUUCCUUAGCAUCAGUGUCUACUCUGUCUUUCUCCACUCGAAAAAGCUCUGACCCUCUCGGGACCCAUAAAAUCCGAGCCUUUGGAACCGCCUCCGCCGCCGGGAAUGGGAAGGACGCAGACACCUUCUUGGCCGAAGAAAGCGUUUCGUGGGCUUCUUUGGGCGUUUCAGAUUCAAUUUCAACUGCCCUCUCUAAACUUGGGCUGCAUAGACCUUCUCUAGUACAGGCUGCAUGUGUACCAGCCAUUCUUUCAGGGCCAGAUGUGGUGGUUGCAGCCGAGACAGGAAGUGGCAAAACUCAUGGGUACUUAGUCCCACUCAUUCAUAAACUAUGUAGUCAGGUUGAUGAGUCAGAAAGUGGUCUGGAUGAUCUGAAAGUUAAUAGAAAUCAUUGUGUAUCUCUUGUUCUCUGCCCUAAUGUGAUGCUGUGUGAGCAAGUGGUUCGCAUGGCCAACUCCCUUUCCGAUGAUUGCGGCCAGCCUCUUCUCAAAGCUGCCGCCAUUUGUGGCCGUCAGGGAUUGCCGGUUAAAAAACUGGAUAUAAUAGUAUCGACUCCGGUUGCACUUCUCAACUACUUCUACGCAAUCGGCCCGGAAAAACGUGGGCGUGAUGAUUUUAUUCGUAGGGUCAAAUAUGUGGUUUUCGAUGAAGCAGACUUGUUGCUAUGUGGAAGCUUCCAGAACCAAAUAAUCCGCCUUAUAAACAUGCUUCGUUUUGACGAGAAGCAGUUGUCAAGAGCUAAAAAUGCAGACAAUGGGCCACAGAAUGCUUUUUAUUCGGAUUCGGAAGAGGAUUUGCAGGAAGACAUGAAUAUGAGUGAGGAUGAUGGUGAAGAUGGCGAGGAGGGGAUGGUUGGGAGCUCUCAGAAUGGUGGUGAGGUUAGAAGCAGAAAAGAUUGGAGGAGGAUGAGAAAAGUAUAUGAAAGAAGUAAGCAAUACAUUUUUGUUGCAGCCACUCUUCCUGUGAAUGGGAAGAGAACUGCAGGUGGGAUUUUGAAGCGGAUGUUUCCGGAAGCUAACUGGGUUAGCGGGAGUUAUCUCCAUCGCCAAAAUCCAAGACUGGAGCAGAAGUGGGUCGAGGUCACGACUUUUACACAGGCGGAAGCACUCAUAAAUGCUGUAAAGAAUGGACUUGAAACCAGUAAAAAAAAUUCCGACUCUGAAAUAGUGCGGACAAUGGUGUUUGCAAACACCGUUGAAGCUGUCAAUGCCGUCUCUCAUAUUUUGAUGGCGGCUGGUAUGGUGUGCGUGCGUUACCACAGUAACAUCUCCCUGGACGAGCGCACAGAGAAUCUAAUCAAUUUCCAGAGGAAAGGAGGCAUUUUUGUGUGUACUGAUGCCGCUGCUCGUGGGCUCGACAUACCAAACAUUUCACAUGUUAUACAGGCAGAAUUUGCGAGUUCUGCGGUAGAUUUUCUGCACAGGGUGGGCCGGACAGCGAGGGCAGGUCAGCAUGGCCUCGUCACGAGUCUCUAUACCGAGUCGAAUAGGCAACUUGUGGCCGCUGUUCGUCAGGCAGAAGAACAUGGUUUGCCUGUGGAAAAUGCAUUUAGUAGGAAGAGGGGUUUUCGCAACAAACUUAAAAAGAGAGGUCAUAGUCAACAACAAGACGGUGGAUCAUCAGUUGAACAUCCAAUUCCAGCAUAG